AUGGCACCAACGAAAUCACCCGAAGAUUCAAUGUUCCGUACCCUUACUUUUGAAGCAGGUUUAAAGUUGGAAGGCUCCGCAGAGGGAGUUCACGAGCUAGUGGUGGAGCCUUCAACAUUUCGUCUCAAUCUCGUACAAAAUAUAAAAAAUCACUCACAAUAUCCUGAUCCGGCUAUCGGAAAAUUCCUCGAGGAGUUACAGGAUUAUCUGGACGAGAGUUCAGAAAAUUUCAAAGCAUGCUUACAACCACCCUCGGUGAAAGGAAAAUCGAUAUAUGGCUCUACAGCAGAUAGCUUCAUUCGCGUAUUAUUGAGCGUUGAUUUUUUUCAAGCCAAUCUAAUCGAUCAAUUAUUGGAAAGACUACCAACAUUUAUCUCAAAUUCUGAUAAUGAUAUUAUCGAGUCGCCAAUUCCACGGUUGAUACUUCAGCAAUUAAAGUGGCUUGAUAAUAUCAUGAUCCCCAUUACGCCUCUAGGCAUUCAAAGAGAAAUUAUAACCAGUCUUCCGGACAUUAUCCUUGAUUCAGAGCAAAAGACCGCUAUCAAAGAACUGACUGAAUUGAUCGACCAAAAUCACCGACUUAUUGUUCCCAUUCUUGACGCGCUUCCUCAUUUCACAUUGCAAGAAGAUUUGAUGGCUAAUGUUAAGGCAACGGUAUUUGGACGACUUGAAUCGGCCGACUUAGAUGACCUAGCAAUAAUCGUCAAGUUUUUGUUGCACACGGCCUCGCCGAACGACGCAGAAAUUAUCAGAGACAAAGUUGAUUUUCAUUCAAUUGGAAAACUUCAGGGCGAACAAAGUGUUUCAAAGCGUCGCCAGAAGAGGAAAAGAGAACUAAUGCCAGAGGCCUUGAUCCUGGAUUCUAUCAAAAAGGGUUUGAACAUUCACAAGUUCGUCACGAACGCGUGGCUUAAGGAAAUAAGUGACAUUGAGGCAGAGAAAGAUCACAAGAUCAUUGAUAUUUUGAUAUUGUUUCUUCUGCAUUCGAUUCCAAUCCUUAAGAAAAAAGUUGAAGCAAUUUUUUGCAAAAAGAUCUCGAGCGGACUAUUGUCAAAGAAUUUAUUAGAAACGACGAUAACUUUUCACUUUGAAGGCUUGCGAGAUUAUUUCAACGAUAUCAUCUCGCUUUCGGAAAGCCUCCUUCGUUCAAGCCAAAAUCAAAACACAGUUGCACGCGCGGCAUGCACAUUAUAUCGAAGCGCAUUUAUGGUAUUCGAACCACAUCAGCAGCAAGAAGUUAUAGCUUCCCUGGUGUCGCACAUCGGGAGCGGUUCCCCGACCGAGAUUGAAUCAACGCUUUCAGUGCUCUCGCAUCUUGUAGAUAAGGAUAUAAAGAGGCUGAGUCGAUUUACUAUUUUUGUAAAAGGUCUUCUGGAUUAUUUGGAAAAUCUUAACCUGGAUCAUAUACGAGUCCUUUUCGAUAUAAUCGGAAAGUUAGUCUACGAGGAUGCAAACUAUGAUAGUAACAGCGGUGGACUGCUUGCUGAAUUUUCGAUUGUCAUUCAAAAGCAAUUGUCGAACCCUAAUGAGAAAUAUAAGCAAAUUGGUGUAAUCGGAGCUCUCGCUUUAGUGCGAAUUCUGGGCUCCAAGUCGACCGUAAAUUCGUCACAGGAGGGCACCGCUCAGGAAAGGUCAACCGCAGCCCUAGAUAUUGCAAAAGAAAACAUUGCAAAGAUCGAACGUCACUGCGCGCGUUCAAUGUCAUGCCUCGCCUUUGCGUACGACGAACUUGCGUAUUACGUUUCCACCGGAAUUCUGGAUCGCGAAUUGGUCGAUUGGAUAUCGGACAAGAUAGAAUCAUCAUUUUCUGAUAUAUUCAUAGUGGAUGAAGAAGAUUUGUCCAGGUUUAAAGAAGACGAGUAUCAUCUGAAGGGAAUGCCAAUAGAAGCUUGGAUGGAGUGUGAAAUGGAAUGCGAUGCUAGCCGGAAAUUCAAGGAAGAUGGUAAUUUAUAUUCCAUCGGUGUUUUGUUGGCCGCAGGAUUGCUCAUGUAUGAAAGCUUGGAUGCGAACGACAUGAAAUCCAAAAAUGUUGCUACGAGGCUGCGGCACGUUGUUGAGCUUGAGAAGAGGUUGAAUGCGGUGUUAGAAAUAACUCCUACUUUUCAGCCAUAUGGAUUUUUUACGCCCUCACCGUCAAAGAGUGUAAAGUUGAAAAGUGUCGCUACUAUAUCAUCGGGUUUUGCGCAGAGAGGUCUGGUUAAAACGGGUAGGACGAUCCGAAGAUCGAGAAUUAGCAAAAGUAAGAUCCUCAGCGCUGCCCGAACUUCCGAGGUUGAAAAAAAUGAGGAGAACAAGAUUUCCGAGGAUUCUAUGAUCCCCAAGUACUCAUCGGUUGAAGAUCUAAGACCGUUAAUGCGUGAAUUUGAUUUGUCAGUGUUUGGUAUGCUUGAAUAUUUCCGCGUUAAAAGGCCUUCGCGUGACAAGGAUAGUGGAUCCGCAGUGAGCACAAAUAAUGGCUUUCAUUUGUUGCCCGAGGAAAUCGUCUACCUGCUCAAUGAUCUUAAUCGUAAGCUCGAAUUCAAGAUUUCCCCACCGGUCUUGCCCUUGAUUGCCAAAAAAGCCAAGAAAGGUGGAUUUGGAAGCAAGCACGACGGAUUCACUUUAAUUUCUCGCCUGAGUUCAUUGGACGUUGUAACGCAGGUUGCCACCGGAUUCGUUCCACACUUAUUGAACCUAUUGAGCUCUAUCUGCGAAGAAUUGAGCAACGACGGCGACGUAGAAAAGGAAGAAGAUGAGCAUGAGAUUUUGCUUCGAUGUUUGGAAUUAAUACUCGAAAUCAUUCACCGACUAAUAAGUUGGCCUGAACUGAAGUCUCCAGACAACAAGGAAAUCUUGAUUAUCGUCAUGAAACAGCUGGGUUCAAUGGUUCAACCGUCUCCAAGUUCAGAGUCCACGCUCGGUAGUCUCGACAUUCUUCAGCGGGCUGCUAGCAAUACAUUUAAAUACUUUCAAGAUUUUGUACCUCGUCUUCCCACGGUGAACUUGGCCAUACUGUUUCACAAAAUUCUUAUCAAGGUCACUGAACUUUCACCGGAUUCCAGAAAGCUCGCGGAAAUGUCAGGAGACAUAGCACGAGGUUUCGUAUCCCGUCAAUGGAACGAUGUCAAAAAAUUAAAUUCGGAGUCCGUGAUUUACCUUGUGCAAAAAGACGUCAGACACUCUUCGAACCCUAUGGAGAGGAUAGCGUCUUAUGCCACAAGCAUCUUUUCUCCGAAUGAAGCCCAUGAGGAUGAUCCCACCGAGUUGUAUCCUUUACUCAACAACGAAACUCUACCAUAUUUUUACAAGGCCUUGUUCAUGGAGCUUGUCGAAGUUUUGCGAAAUUUUCAGCCCGGAAAUUUUGAACAUAAUGCGGACAUAAUGUCACACAUAACCAGCACAGUUGUCUGCUUUCAAAACUUUGUAUUGUUCAUAAAGAUCAAGCAUAAGCGAGCCAUUCUCUCGGUAGCUCUGAAAUACGGGCGUAGCUUUAUAGACAUGUUCCUUAAAAAAAUGUUACCGUUAAUGGACAAAAACUUUUCCACCUAUCGUGAAGAGAUCAUUUCCAUUAUCGGAACCUUUCAGAAAUCAACCAGGCGUCUCCAGGCACUCUGCAAUCACGUGAAAGUUCACAAAGAAUCACAACUGGCGGCAAUGGUGCCUCUCGUUAAAAGAUCAUUGGAAAUAGUGAUAUUUCAGGUCAAGGCCAUGAUCCAAAAUAACGGAUGUCCACCGGAAACAUUUUUCCUAGGCGAACUUAAACAUCGUGACAUUGAGGGACAAGAAAUCACAUCUUAUCAAAACGACGAACAAAAUUUGGAAAAAGAUGAAUCCGAAGAUUCCGAAGGAAAUGAAGGCGAUGGAUUUACGAAGCCUUCCUCCUCACGCCGUAACAAGUCCGGUUCAAGAAAGAAGAAGCCCGAAACGUCGCGUGAUUCCGAUGGAGAAGUUGAUGCGGUCUCUGUUAAACCACCUGCUAGGCGCCGCAAAAAAUUGAGUCCAAAGAAAGCCAAGACGCCGGAGAAUUUCGAGGAGAGCGAAGGUGUGGAUGACGAAGAGAUCACCGUUGAGUUGCCCAAAACACGUAAAAGGCCAAAGAAAACGGAAAAACGCGCGCAGCAUUAA